CUCUCCCCGCGCCCCCGCCUCCCAGGAAGGGGCGGGUCCCCGAGACGGGUGGGGCCGGAGCUCCAAGCUGGUUUGAACAAGCCUUGGGCAUGUUUGGCGGGAAGUCGGCUUAGCUCGGCUACCUAUGGCCCCAGAGUUUUGUAGUCCCCGCCUUGUUUCUCCCCAGAGGCCUCUCAAUCCUCCCUCCAUGAUCUUCGCAUAGAGCACAGUACCCUCUCGCACGGAGGACGAGAUGGCUCCCAAGAAACGCCCAGAAACCCAGAAGACCUCCAAGAUUGUAUUACGCCCCAGGAGCAAGAGGAGCAGGAGUCCCCGGGAGCUGGAGCCCGAGGCCAAGAAGCUCUGUGCGAAGGGCUCCGGUCCUAGCAGAAGAUGUGACUCAGACUGCCUCUGGGCGGGGCUGGCUGGCCCACAGAUCCUGCCACCAUGCCGCAGCAUCGUCAGGACCCUCCACCAGCAUAAGCUGGGCAGAGCUUCCUGGCCAUCUGUCCAGCAGGGGCUCCAGCAGUCCUUUUUGCACACUCUGGAUUCUUACCGGAUAUUACAAAAAGCCGCCCCCUUUGACAGGAGGGCUACAUCCUUGGCAUGGCACCCGACUCACCCCAGCACCGUGGCUGUGGGUUCCAAAGGGGGAGAUAUCUUGCUCUGGAAUUUUGGCAUCAAGGACAAACCCACCUUCAUCAAAGGGAUUGGAGCUGGAGGGAGCAUCACUGGGCUGAAGUUUAACCCUCUCAAUACCAACCAGUUUUACGCCUCCUCAAUGGAGGGAACAACUAGGCUGCAAGACUUUAAAGGCAACAUUCUACGAGUUUUUGCCAGCUCAGACACCAUCAACAUCUGGUUUUGUAGCCUGGAUGUGUCUGCCAAUAGCCGAAUGGUGGUCACAGGAGACAAUGUGGGGAAUGUGAUCCUGCUGAACAUGGACGGCAAAGAGCUUUGGAAUCUCAGAAUGCACAAAAAGAAAGUGACGCAUGUGGCCCUGAACCCAUGCUGUGAUUGGUUCCUGGCCACAGCCUCCGUAGAUCAAACAGUGAAAAUCUGGGACCUGCGCCAGGUUAGAGGGAAAGCCAGCUUCCUCUACUCGCUGCCGCACAGGCAUCCUGUCAACGCAGCUUGUUUCAGUCCGGAUGGAGCCCGGCUCCUGACCACGGACCAGAAGAGCGAGAUCCGAGUUUACUCUGCCUCCCAGUGGGAUUGCCCCCUGGGCCUCAUCCCGCACCCUCACCGUCACUUCCAGCACCUCACACCCAUCAAGGCGGCCUGGCAUCCUCGCUACAAUGUCAUUGUCGUCGGCCGAUACCCAGAUCCUAAUUUCAAAAGUUGUACUCCCUAUGAAAUGAGGACAAUCGAUGUGUUCGAUGGAAACUCAGGGAAGAUGAUGUGUCAGCUCUACGACCCAGAAUCUUCUGGCAUUAGUUCGCUCAAUGAGUUCAAUCCUAUGGGGGACACGCUGGCCUCUGCAAUGGGUUACCACGUUCUCAUUUGGAGCCAGGAGGAAGCCAGGACACGGAAAUGAGAGACACUAAAGAAGGUGUGGGCCAGACAAGGCCUUGGAGCCCACACAUGAGGUCAAGUCCUACAAGAAGAGGUGGCAAUUUGUUAAAGGGCCUAAAGUAUCCACAUGUAGGGUUGGAGCAGGGGUGCUGGGGCCUGAGACGCUGUCGUGUCACCGCUCUGGACUGCUCCGGAGUUGGUGAUGCAGCUGCCCCAAGGGUCCCUCUGUAUCUAUCCUGGAACCAGGCUUCUCUUGGAACUAAAUGACUUUUCUCCCCUCGGUGUGUGGUAGCGGAGGGAUCAACCAGUGAUUUGAUAUGUGCUCACUUUUGAUAUGGCCAAUAAAACCAAACCCAACUGA